UUGACGCCAAACGCGCGUCGUACGCAGAUCGCUCGAGAAACCCUCCGAUAUAUAAAUAUAUAUUCGACUCAUCCCCGAUCCAGCCGGUGUUUUUCGUGGAGGAGCAUUAAGAAAUGGUGCACUAUUUGGCGAUCAUUGUGCUGGGCGUGCUCUCCUCCUGGCCAGGUGGAAUCUCGGCCGGUGACCAACCUGCUCGAAUUGUCUGCUAUUUCAGCAACUGGGCUGUUUAUCGUCCCGGAAUCGGUCGAUAUGGAUUGGAGGAUGUGCCCACCGACCUUUGCACUCACAUUAUUUAUUCCUUUAUUGGGGUGAACGACAAAAACUGGGAUGUUUUGGUAAUCGAUCCCGAACUGGAUGUGGAUCAAGGUGGAUUCAGAAAGUUCACAGAUCUGAAGAAGACUCAUCCGAAUGUAAAGCUGGAAGUGGCGGUUGGCGGUUGGGCUGAAGGAGGCUCUAAGUACUCGCAAAUGGUCGCUGUUCGAGAAAGACGCCAGAGUUUCAUACGCAGUGUGGUACAGUUCAUGCGGCAGUAUAAUUUCGAUGGCUUUGAUCUGGACUGGGAGUACCCGGGCGCCACUGAUCGCGGGGGUAGUUUUGGAGACAAGGACAAGUUCCUGUACUUUGUUCAGGAAUUGAGACGUGCCUUUGAUCGCGAAGGAAAGGGCUGGGAGAUAACCAUGGCAGUCCCCGUUGCCAAAUUCCGACUUCAGGAGGGCUACCACGUUCCAGAGUUGUGCGAGCUGCUGGAUGCCAUUCAUGCCAUGACCUAUGAUCUGCGAGGAAACUGGGCCGGAUUCGCCGACGUUCACAGUCCGCUCUACAAGCGAAAACACGACCAGUACGCCUAUGAACGCCUGAAUGUGAACGACGGCCUGGGACUGUGGGAGGAGAUGGGCUGCCCGGCCAACAAACUGGUGGUGGGCAUUCCCUUCUACGGACGCACCUUUACGCUGAGCAACUCGAACAAGAACUACAACAUGGGCACCUACAUCAACAAGGAAGCUGGCGGUGGUGCCCCGGGUCCGUACACCAAUGCCAGCGGUUUUCUGGCCUACUACGAGAUCUGUACGGAGGUGAUGGACAAGUCUAAGGGAUGGACUCUGGAGUGGGACGAUGCCGGAAUGGUUCCCUUCACCUACAAGGACACCCAGUGGGUGGGUUAUGAAAACGAGGCCUCUGUCCAAAUCAAGAUGGAUUACAUCAAGAACCGUGGAUAUGCUGGAGCCAUGACUUGGGCUAUUGACAUGGACGAUUUCCACGGAUUGUGUGGAAGGAAGAAUGGUCUCAUGCAGAUUCUAUACGACAACAUGAAGAGCUAUACGGUUCCAGAGCCAACCAGGGAGACUACGCCAAGACCGGAGUGGGCCAAACCACCAGCCACACCACCGAAUGCAGAUGAGGGUCCUGUGCCGCAGGCUAAACCAACAUCCACCACCACUCGCCGGCCCAAGCCGAAGCCCCAGCCAACUUCUAGCUCUGUUAGUACCACUUUAGCACCGGUGCCAUCUGUGGGCAGCAGUACUCCAAAACCAACCACAAAGAAACCCAAAAAACCGAAGAAGACUACAACCACCACCACUACGACUACCACAACCCCGGCUCCUGAGAAAACAACUGAAGAUCCUGAAGAAAUUGUGGAUCCCGAGCAAUCCGUUAGCACACAGUUCGAUCCAAGCGAAAUCGAUUGCACCAACAAAGAUUUUGUGCCACACCCGAACUGUAGAAAGUACUUCCGUUGUGUCCAUGGCAAGCCUGUAGAAUUUGAAUGCAAAGAGGGCACAGCCUUCCACACAGUCCUGAACGUUUGCGAUUGGAUCGAGAACAGCGAUCGUUACUACUGCACCCGUUCGAAGAAGAAGUCAGAGGGCAAUGAGACCCACAAAUGAAU